AUGUGCGCCGGAAGUACGUGUGCGUGUGCCGGAAGUGCGUGUACGCGGGGCGCCCCUGCAGACAUGGCGGCGGAGGCGCCUCGGACCCGGUCUGCCCCCGGGCCCCAGAGGCGGCUGCUGCUGCUGCUGUUCCUAGCGGCCGCCGCCAUGCCGCUGGCCAGGGCCCAGGGAGACGAGUUCCGGCCCGGCCAGUGGGGGGCGGCGGCGGAGGGCGCGGCGGCUGCGGCGCGGGGGCGCAGGUACCUUUUGUACGACGUGAAUCCCCCCGAAGGGUUCAACCUCCGCAGGGACGUGUACAUCCGCCUGGCGUCCCUCCUGAAGACCUUGCUCCAGACGGAGGAGUGGGUGCUGGUCCUGCCGCCCUGGGGCCGCCUCUAUCACUGGCAGAGCCCCGACAUCCACCAGGUCCGGAUCCCGUGGGCCGAGUUCUUUGAUCUGCCGAGUCUCAAUAAAAACAUACCUGUCAUUGAGUACGACCAGUUCAUUGCAGAGUCAGGUGGCCCCUUUAUUGACCAGGUGUACGUCCUGCAGAGUUAUGCAGAAGGCUGGAAAGAGGGGACCUGGGAGGAGAAGAUUGAUGAGCGGCCGUGCAUUGAUCAGCUCUUGUACUCCCGGGACAAACACGACUAUUAUCGAGGAUGGUUCUGGGGCUAUGAAGAAACAAGAGGGUUGAGUGUUUCUUGUCUGUCAGUCCAAGGCUCCGCUUCCAUCAUCGCCCCUGUGCUUUUGAAGAACACGUCGGCCCGAUCAGUGAUGUUAGACCGAGCAGAAAAUCUCCUUCAUGACCACUAUGGAGGGAAAGAAUAUUGGGAUACCCGUCGGAGUAUGGUGUUUGCCAAACACCUUCGUGUGGUGGGAGAUGAUUUCAGAAGCAAGUACUUGAACUCCACCAAUGACGCGGACAAGAUAGCUUACAAUGAAGACUGGACAAAGAUGAAGGUAAAGCUGGGCACUGCCCUGGGUGGUCCUUACCUUGGAGUACAUCUCAGGAGGAAGGACUUUAUCUGGGGUCACAGAGAAGAUGUGCCCAGUCUGCAAGGAGCAGUGAAGACCAUCCGGAGCCUUAUGGAGACCCACAAGCUGGACAGAGUGUUUGUAGCAACGGAUGCAGUUAGAAAGGAAUGUGAAGAGCUCAAGAGGCUGCUUCCUGAAAUGGUGAGGUUUGAGCCCACCUGGGAGGAGCUGGAGCUCUACAAAGAUGGCGGCAUAGCCAUCAUCGACCAGUGGAUCUGUAGCCAUGCCCGAUUCUUCAUUGGCACUUCUGUGUCCACAUUCUCCUUUCGGAUUCAUGAAGAGAGAGAGAUUCUGGGCCUGGACCCCAAAACGACUUACAACCGAUUUUGUGGGGACCAAGAACAGCAGUGUGAGCAGCCCACCCACUGGAGAAUCGCCUACUGAGGGAGCGCCGCCGCCGCUGCGCUGGUGCACCUGCACCCAAGCCCGGGGCAGCUUUUCUCCAUCACACCGCCCUUUGCUGUGCCCCAGACACUUGUUAGGCCAGCUGAUGGGAUGGAAUAACUCAGCAGGCUGUGUGGUCAGCUAAGUGGCUAGCCCCAGGGAGGGCAGACCCAGCUGUUACUUCUCAGAGAGUAGCCGCAGGCUUGGAUAUAAAUGGAAUCGCUACUGGAGACCCAGCCUUGUCCUCCUGUGCUCAGCUGGUCGUCAGCCGUGGGCUCCACUCCCUUGGACUCUGUUUACAAGAAAGGCUUUGUCUGGAGGAGUUGAUUUUUGGAUCUCCAUUUAAGGCCUGGUCAGCACAUUUCAGUGAUGAAAGUCCUGAUGUCCACUUAAAGGGGGCAAUGCUGAAUGAGGGGAGCCUGAAAGCCCAGAUUCCUGCCCCUCUCUAAAAGGCCUGGCCCUGAGGCCAGGACAGGGGCCACCUGUGGGUACCACAUAACUGACCAAAGAGCUGUUUAUUCUCCCCUUUUAGGCUGUAGUAAAGAACACAAAAGUCAAGUUGGGUAGGCCCCAGAACAGCUCUCUUGGAUUUUAUGAGGGUGGGUGAAGGCUCCCCCUGAUGCUUCCCUGAACCAUGUGGAUGUGGGGCCUCCCCCUGAGCAGCCACCCCGAGGGCAGAUUCUGAGCCUCAGUGCUUCUGAUCAGGUGAGAGGUCUCUGGGGCCAUGUGGUCCAUGGUGGGUUCUCAAAGUUUGAUUUGUCCUGUCCAGUGAGAAGAGAAUUCCUUGUCUGAACUCCAUUUUCUUUGUGAGGAGCCAGUAUUGGUCCCUCACACCCCAAACGCAGCCUCCAAGGGGCUUGUUCUCCGCUGUCAGGUCCCACUUGACUUUUCUGUCACCCUCCCCAGAUGCGGCAGGGAAGAUGCAAGGGGACGGAGCCAAGGCCAGGGAUGGGACUGUUGUUUUCCAAAUUCUUUUUAGCUGAACUUUUUCCCGUCCUUGGUCCCAUUGCCUGUAAUCCUGAUAGGUCGAAUGGUCCCCAUCGACUUCAGAAGAUUUACCUUAGAAAAGAUGGUGGCAGAUUGACAGGAUCUUUUGGCUCUGCGUUUUAAAAAAAAAAAUCCUUUUUCUACGUUCUUCCAACACUGCCCCCAUUAGGAGUAGUUCUACCAAAGAAAACAUUGAGGUGUACCAUGGGCUUGAGGCAGAGAGGCAAAGGGAAGGGCUGCGGCCCGACUCUGGAGGCCUGUGGUUCAUUCCUGUCCUGUCUCUGGACAUACAGUCCUGUCUCACAAAAACCUUACCCCCACUGGACAAACACUUUAGAGAUUACCUCCUGGUCAUAUGUCAGAGAAAGCAGUGCAGCCCCGGGCUUUUGGCUCAUGGGGAUUCUCCUCUGCCCCCACCCAUUCGAUAUUAUCGAUAGCGUGUGGCUGGAGGCCCUGAGCAGGAGCGUGGGGGCUGAAGUCCAGGGGAUACCUGUGACCGAGCAGUGUCGGUCAGGCAUGAGUCAUCCCUCCUUCAGUCCGCUUUGAAAAGACCCUUCCCUUCCUGACUUCUAAUGGAAGAAAGGUGGUGCUCUCUUCUGCCCCCAGGGCCAUGUGGAGCACCCCCAGAGGAUUUCGUUUUUUCCACAUGUAAAGUCUAGUGUUAUGAAUAAAAUGAAGUUUCCAGGAA